AUGACCUCCGUGGAGCCCUUCAACCGGCUGGUGCGGCUAGCGGCGCGGGCCUUCUACGACGACGAGGUACCGUCCACGGGCGGCACGGGCGGCACGCAGCAGCAGCACGCGCAGGCCGGCAUGGCCGUGGUGGUCCUGGACGCGCUCACCAGACGGAACGGGCAGUGGGUCCGGGAGGACGACCUGGCCGCCUCGCUGCGGCUGCAGCCGAAGCCGCUCCGCCGCGUGCUGCGCUUCCUCGAGGCGGAGAUGAUGGUGGCCACGGACCACCGCAAGGAGCCGGCGCCACCCAAGCCCGCUCCCGCCGCCGACACCUGCCCGGGCAACGACGAGAAGGAGAAGGCCAAGCUGCACGUCAAGUCCUACUGCUGCCUCGACUACGCGCAGGUCUGCGACGUGCUGCGGUACCGGAUGCGCCGCAUGCGGAAGAAGGUCGACGACGAGCUCACGGCCGACAGCCGCAACACGGUGCAGCAGUACGCGUGCCCUGGCUGCGGGGGCAGGUACUCAGCCUUCGACGCGCUGCGCCUCGUGACGGACGACGGGGAGAGCUUCAGCUGCGAGCACUGCGGCGGCGAGCUGGUCGUGCAGAACGACGACAGGAUCGCCGCGGCCGAGGAGGACGGUGCUGGCGACGACGAUGGCGGUGGUGAUGACAGCAAGGCGCGGAAGCGCAAGCGACGCGCAAAGCUGGUUGACAUGCAGCGGAGGAUGCUCGAGCAGCUGGAGCCGCUAAGGGCGCAGAUCCGGAGGGUGGAGGGCCUGCCCCCGCCAGAGUUCAUGAGCCUACGGGCAUGGCAGAGAGCAAACGCUGUUGCUACUACUGCAGCAGCGGCGGCAGCAGCGGCGGAUGGAAAUCCGUAUUAUCAUCCAAAGACAGAGUUUGACGUUGCGAUACUCACGCCGGGCUCUGGUGGUGCGGAUCAAUCUGGCACGGGCGCUGAUGCAGGGUUCAAACCCUUCCCUGCAUGGAUGAUCACACCAGGCAUGAAUCUGACAGACGAACAAAGAGGAGAGACCAGUGGCAGCGCAGCAUCUUCCAAACUGGGUGAAAAAACUGAAUGCCAAGAUGAUAAAGACGAGAAGAUACUGCAGAACGAGUACGCAGGCGCUGAUUUCGGGCGGCAGUUGGGCGUCAAGUGCAAGCGUGAGGAUGGAGACAUCGAUGAAGAAGAUGACAUUGAGUGGGAGGAGGGCUAAGAGGCAGCGGCAAUCAUUUUAGAAUUCAAAUAAAUUGAGGAUUGAAUCUCCUUUGUAAAGCAGUUGUUUAUUAGCGCUUCUGUUACUUUCUAUUAGCUCUGAAGAAAACUGAACGCUCUUGUGACUGUAAAGAACCUGAUCACUGGGUUUCAGGAUGAAUGGAACCAUGUGUUGCUCUAAAAUUUCU